AUGGGCAAAGGAAGGAAUAAGAAUCGAGACAACGAGAAUACGUUGGCUUUUGGAAAUGCACCAAAAAAGAAAGAUAAAACGGAGGACUUUGAAUCUGAUAGUGAUGAAUCGGUCUCUACCCACAUCACUUUUGAUGAUGAUUUGCAAAGUGUUCGAGGCGACAUUGAUGGUGAUGAAGAAACGUUGAUUGACACCCUCAGUGAACAUGUGGAUAAUGCUACACACAAAAACAUUGGCAUCCGUACAGCUGCUCUGAAACAUCUUUUGUUUGGACUUACUUCACGGUUUCUCAGGGAUUUCAUUGCAAAAUGGCGAACAACGCUCAUCGAUAUUGCAACGAAAGGACUGCGGAAAACUGAUGAAGAAGUUCUUCUUUGUGCUUCUCUGCUCACUUUGGUUUCAUUGCAAGCCGGCAACGAUGUUUCGGGAGAUAUUGAAGAUGCUCUUGCACAAUUACGAGUCAUUGUUGCAAAUCCAGCGAAAUCAGAGGCUAUUCGGGCACAUUGUGCGUUAUGCCUCGCUUUGGCUACAUUUGUUGGAACAGACAGUGAAGAAAGCACAAUCCAAGCUGUUAGGACACUGAGGCAAGCAUGGGCAGGCACAAAGUCGACCACAACUUCGUGGAGACUUUUUGAUAUCGCACUUUCAGGAUGGGCUUUAUUGUUGCAGAACUGCGCAAGUGAAGCCUUUUCUUCGGCUGUUGCAGAACAACCAAAAAUCGUAUCUUAUUUGGAGGCAAACUCCAUGGAGAUUCGAGUUGUUGCUGGAGAAGUUUUAUCCUUUCUCUACGAGUUUGUUGAUGAAUAUCAAGAAGGCUUUCGAUUUCCAAAUCAUAACCAUCUGAUUGAGAUUCUUGGUGGUCUACUUAGUGACAGCACGAAAUCAAAAGCAAAACGAGAUAAACGAAUUCAGAAGUUCACGUUGAGACAAGUUUAUUCAUUCAUCAAUGGCGGAGAAUUUCCUUCACUGAAGAUCAAGUUCAGCACACAAGAAAGUCUCGAAUUAAACUCUUGCUCAAGCAAAUUACUCUACGAUCUUUGCACAGAUCUCCUUCGAGGAGGCAUGAUGCAACAACUGAAAGAGAAUGAGUUUCUACGGGAACUUUUUGAGUUGGGUCCACCAGCGCCGCCUGUGACAUCGGAUGAACGGAUAUCAAAAGCCCAUCGGAUGGCAGUUCACGAUGCAGCAUCAAAAGUCCGAAAUCAACAACGAGGCAAGCAACGAGACAAGCGGAUGAAUAUCGAUUAU